AAGACAAACGAGACGUGGAAGAGGGCGAAAAGCGGCGAGAACAAGAUGGAUCGGUACAAGAAGGUGGAGAAACCAAGGGAGCAGACCCCCAUUAACGACAAUGAGAUUCGUAUCACAUCUCAGGGGAGGGUGCACAGCUACAUUACCUACGCCACUAGUCUGCUUCAGGAGAAAGGUUCAAGUGAGAUUGUUUUCAAGGCAAUGGGUAAAGCUAUUAAUAAAACUAUAAUGGUUGUGGAAUUGAUGAAGAGGAGGAUUGUUGGUCUUCAUCAGAUUACUGCUACUGGAAGUACUGAUAUAACUGAUACAUGGGAACCAUUGGAGGAAGGACUACUUCCGGUUGAGACUACUAGGCAUCUGUCUAUAAUCACUAUAACAUUAUCAAAGAAGGAGCUGGAUACAUCUGCAGUUGGAUACCAAUCUCCUUUGCCUGCAGAUCAGGUGAAGCCAAUGCAAGAGUUUGAGAAUGGAGGAGAUAUAGAAGUUUCACCUACUGGUCAUGGUAGAGGUCGUGGUGGUCGUGGCAGGGGAAGGGCUCCUAGAAAUGGUAUAAUCGAGGAUGAUGGUGAUGGAGGAUCAGACAAUCGGGGUCGUGGUUAUGUUAGAGGUGGCUAUGUUCGUGGCAGAGGUCGCAAUUAUGGGCGUCGUGGUGGCUAUGGUGGCCAACUUAAUAAUUUGCAUGAGACAGGCUACAAUGAACAAACACUUAUGCCUCCCAGAGGUAGAGGUCGUGGUCCUGGUCGGGGCCAAACCAGAGGAAGAGGCCUUGAUUCCAGAUCAAAAGAACCGGUCCAGGCAGUUAACAGUGGAGCAUGACCUUUGAUGGAUCUGAUUAGCCCAAAAGAUUCCGCUUUGUGUAGUUGGAUGCCUGCUCUGUGCAAAACUAUUCUUCUUUUCUUUGUAGAUUAGCUGUAUCUGCAGAAUAGGAUGGCCUGACACUACGGCAUGAUCCAUUUUUAAGAGAAUUGUAGAUUUCAACUAAUAAAGCAUCACUUUCUUUUGAUUCUUUUAGUCUUCUUGUUACUCAACUCUGUACCGCCCUUUGAUAUGAGAAAUUUGCUCUUUGUAAGA